UACCACAACCACCUCACAGUGGAACUGGAGAAGGUUUUGGGAAUAACUGUCACAAGCAGCAGCAGCAUAACCUGCGACCCCCACUCAGGGCUGAUUGCGUAUCCUGCAGGUUGUGUCAUUGUGCUGUUGUGUCCAAGAAAGAACAAGCAAACCCACAUCUUCAAUACCUGCAGCAAACCUUUCAGUGCUUUGUCGUUUUCUCCGGAUGGGAAGUUUAUUGUCGCAGGAGAUAGUGGCCACAAACCAGCAGUACGGAUCUGGGAUGUCGCUGAAAAGCUCUUGGUUUCUGAAAUGCUUGGACACAAAUACGGCGUGUCAUGUGUGUGUUUCUCGCCCAAUAUGAAGUAUGUUGUGUCUGUGGGUUAUCAACACGAUAUGGUCGUCAAUGUGUGGGACUGGAAGGCUGAUAAUAUUGUUGCCAAAAACAAAGUUUCCAGUAAAGUGACGGCCGUGUCGUUCUCCGAGGACAGCAGCUAUUUUGUUACAGUUGGCAGCCGCCAUGUUAAAUUCUGGUACUUGGAGCCAACAAAAAAACUUCAGAUUAAUGGGACGGUUCCUCUGGUGGGCAGAUCGGGAUUAUUGGGGGAUCUGCACAAUAAUAUAUUUAGUGGCGUUGCUUGCGGUAAAGGUAAAAAUGCUGGAAUCACUUUCUGCAUUUCGUCCUCUGGAAUCCUUUGUCAGUUCAGUGAGAAGAGAAUUCUGGAGAGAUGCAUCAAAUUAAAGGUAACUGCGUCCAGCUGCCUUUCUGUGACAGAGAAGUUUGUUUUCUGUGGCUGUGAGGAUGGUAUCAUUAGGAUAUUUAACGCACAGAAUCUGCAGUACCUUACGGACUUGCCCAAACCUCACUAUUUGGGUGUAGAUGUGACUCUGGGGCUUGAGCCAAGCAUGUUGUUUGCCAAACAAACAAACGUAAGUUAUCCAGACACCUCCGCCUUGGUAUACGAUGAAACGAACCAAUGGCUGUGCUGCUUGUACAAUGACCAUAGUCUGUACGUCUGGGACGUCAAUGACACUCGGAAAGUGGGGAAGGUGUACUCGGCUCUGUACCACAGCUCGUACGUCUGGAACGUGGAGGUCUAUCCUGAAGUAGAACAGAAACCGUGUCUUCUUAAAGGCUCAUUUUUCACCUGCUCCUCUGAUAACACCAUCCGUCUCUGGAACAUGGAGAGAAGCUCAUUCUUUAACACGAGAAGGAAUAUCUAUAGCAAUGAUCUUCACAAAGUAAUUUUCGUAGAGAAUAAUCUUCAAUAUCUGAAAGGUUCUUUGGGCACGACUGAGAAGUCUGAUGCUAGAGACCCUAAAUGUGGCAUACGUGUGCUGAAGGUUUGUCCCGAUGGGCAACAUUUAGCUUCAGGUGAUCGGGCAGGAAACAUCCGAAUAUAUGACCUGGCUCAGUUUGAUGAGUAUCUGACAAUAGAAGCCCACGAUGGGGAAGUUUUGUGUCUCGAAUAUUCAAAGCCCCUAACAGGUGUGACGCUUUUGGCUUCUGCGAGCAGGGACCGAUUAAUUCACGUCCUUAACGUGGAGAGGGAUUAUAGUCUACAGCAAACCCUGGAUGAUCAUUCUGCCUCCAUAACUGCGGUGAAGUUUGCAGGUGAAAAAGACCAGAUGCACAUGAUUAGCUGUGGAGCAGAUAAAAGUAUUUAUUUUCGUCCGGCCCAAAUGCUGCCGGAUGGGAUCAGUUUCCUCAGAUUACAUCAUGUUGUGGAGAAAACCACCCUGUAUGACAUGGACGUGGAUGUGACUCAGAGAACGGUGGCCGUGGCUUGUCAGGAUAAAACCAUCAGACUAUACAAUGUUUUAAAUGGUAAACAAGAGAAAGCGUUUAAAAGUUCUCCCAAUGGGGGAGCUAUACUGAAGGUGCAGAUGGAUCCUUCAGGAGCUUAUUUUGCCACCAGCUGCUCCAAUAAGAACAUCUCUCUGUUUGAUUUACAAUCUGGGGAGUGCGUGGCCGUGGUAUAUGGACAUUCAGACAUAGUAACGGAUAUGAAGUUUACUUUAGACUGCAGGAGAUUAAUUACUGUAUCUGGGGACAGUUGCGUGUUUGUCUGGCAGCUAGAUCCCGCCAUAACAGCCAACAUGCGUCAUCAUCUUGCUGAGAUUGCUCCCAAAGCUUCCAAGCAGCUUGUCAAUACACGGAGAGACACCUGGAUUACUCGAUUUCUAGACGGUAGUCCUAAAGAUGAUAUAUUUAUGGAUAAAACCAGUGAGAUUGGAGAUCCAACAACACAGACCCCUUCCAAAGAAAGCUUUGAAGCAGAUCCAAGCUUCCUAAAGACUAAUGGGAGACUUCCCUUGUGGGUGAGAAAGCUGGAUGGAGACAAUCCAGAUCUCCUCAAGGUUAAUACCCAGAAUACAUACCAACCGCGUGGGCGCUGGGCGCAGAGUGACAGCACCGUUACUAUCCGAAAACUUUUAGACGCCGAAAGUGAGAGUUGCUUUUGCACCCCAGAUCAUGAAAAAACUGAAACCUCUUUCACUGUACAUGCAGCAGAGUUGGAGGGUGUUGAACCCAAAAAUCUACAGCAUCUUCUGGAGCAGCUGGACGAAGGACGUGACCACCAAGUGUCCAAUGGGACCUUUGUAUUUGAAACGACUGAAGACGGUGAUUUUCAGUCUGCGGAAUCGAAUGGAAGUAUCUUCUACCCAUCGUCUCUGCAGUUAUCCCACCAGGAAGAAAGUGACUUUGCAGUGGAAGAACAUCACACAUUAUCUGAAACAUUUGACGUUGGCGAUGGCACAAGUAUGAACGAAUUCUUCUCAAGCACUCUCCACGAUAGAGAUGGCGAUUCGUUGAUGUCAGAUAGCUGCUCUGAGAUGGAUUUGGAAGAUAAUGACGUACAGGAAAGCUUUCAUCCUCCUUCACCAAACCAAGAGCAGUUCUUACUGGAUCAUUUUGAAACGCUGAAUGACACGUACGGAGAAGAGAGAUUUGAUAACUCCUUAACGGACCUGAAGCCAGAUGAUGAUGACAGCGACUUGUUUGUGAACCAUCGUCUGAGUAUUACGUCCCAGUUUCUAUCUCAUUAUCAGAAGAGGAGACAUGCAGACAACCAUCUUCAUAUUGAACAACCAACAAUAUCUACUACAAAUGCUCCAGUGGACACAGAAAGGGAAUGUCCGAACAAAAAGUCUAGUGAGAAACGUACAGAUAACAGGUUCUCGGACGGACUGGAGAAGAGGAAGUCUACAGAUUCAUCAAAACCAAUACCUAAUAUGCUGAAACUGACGGUCAAUGACAAGGCAGCAAUGAGAUCUUCAUUUCCUGGUUGCUGGUCUAGCAAAAAUGGAUCUCUAAAUAAAUCCAGUAAAGGAAGAUCAUACAUGGAGGCGACUGCUAGCUCCAAGGCCAAAAUAUUCCGCAGCAUAUCAAUGGGAGACAACAUAAACACGUCCCAAGCUGAAGACCAAAGGAAGGUAACUAACAUGACCAGACCAGUGUCUAGUGAGGACUUAUUCUGCUUGGAGAAGAACAAGCCUCAUGAAGCAGUGGAUCAUCCAACUAAGCUAAAUCCAGCCUCCAUGACACAAAACCAGAUGUCAUUUGCAAGCCAUGAACCCAAGGAAAAGUCUACACUCAACACCACUAAAAUAAUUUCGGAUAACCUUUUAAUGCCCCCACCGCCAACUUGUGGAAUCAUUUCGCGUUUAAAAAAGAAAGCCAAAUCUGUCAGUAACUUGGCCAAACCUUAUGGCAAAGAUGAACAAAACAGCUGUGCCCUGAAAUCCAAAUGGGAUUCUUCAAAAAGUGUUCACUCAACUGAAAAGAUGUCGGAACAUCCAGAUAUCCCCAAACGACGGUAUUCAUCUACAUACAGAACCGCAGACUUGCCAGACUACACCCGAAGGUUUUCUGUAGCGGAGAUUCCAACCCAUGGAAGUUCCUCUAAACUUGUGAAUGGCGUCCCUCUUGCCCAGUCACACGUAGAGUCCCCUCCUUGUGUCUCGGCUUCAAGUUUAGAUACGUCUACACUUGGAACAUGUCUUCCCUCCAGUAACCAUGAAAAAUCCACUGUCAAAGGUAUGCAAUCCAAAGUUGAAGCAGUGGUUGAAGAACUUCACAGAACAUUUCAGAAGUCCCUGAAGGUUUAUAAUGAGAUCGAAGAGUGCAAUGGUUCCCCCGAAGAGAAGAUGAGGCUGAGGUCUUUGUUCUCGAGUGCUUUCCACCACAUUCAGAGUGACAUGGAGUUGGUGGAAAUUGGACAAAGCUCAAGCACAUUGAACGACCAUGACCUGCCAGAAAGUAGGCGGAAAGCCAAGAACCCCACUCUUCAUCUACUUGAACAUUAUUCCGAGAUGAUGUUAUGCCUGAUGCGAAAGAAAAUUGACAACAAGUGUUUGUGAUAUGAACAUUUUUCUUUUACUGUAUUUUAUGAAUUUAUUCUUAAAGUCCAGCAUCUCGACACCGUGUUCUGGUGCAGUUUAGAAGCCCCAGUGUGAGACAAAUAUGGCUAAAGAAGUCUUUCAUUGACCCUUUUCCUCCAGUUCACACCAAACAAUAAGGUACAGAUACUGUAUGCCUUUUAAGUAUUAUUUCAUAAAUGUUUGACUGUAGCAAUUUAUCUGAAAUUGCAUUAAAAUAUUGAACUCAUAGUGUGUGUACAUAGAGGAAAUCAUUUAGAUUUAUCAAUAGCAAAACAACUCCUCUUGAUUUGAGCUAAAUAAGGCAAAUAUUGGGAGGCUUUGUUCUCAGCUCUUGGUGAGAUGUUAAAUCAUACACCCCAUCAGCUAAUGUAGGAAAUUCUAUAUAUUGUACCAGUGGAACAGGCAGCGUCACUUUACAUCAGGGAUGGCUAUUUGGAACUUGAACUGCUAUGAAAUAAAGGCUGGCUGAGCGUUAUCAGAAGCUUAGCAGACAUUUGGCUUCAUGGAGGUGGUAUUGUGUAGAGAGAAAAGAGCUGCAGUACUCGGACAGAACGUUUCUGGAACAAACAUGUAGUUAAAAAGUAGACGGCUCAACCACACCCUGGGCUAGUCAAGCGUUCACUAAAAAUAACAAAAUAAUCGCACAUAACGUUCCCUCUAAGCGCUUUUUGUGAGAGGUCCAUCAUUUAAAAAGUAAAAGUGUGCAUUAAGUAAAGUGCAGGAUAUGGUUAUUCUAAACCGUCACAAUUUAAAGAAAAAUUUAAAAGCAAGGAUUUACCUUUAUAAAGAGAUAAAAUUCAGGAGGAUUAGCCAUGUCUUAAAGGGGAACAGUCAAUUUUGUUUUCUUUUCAUAUUGUAUUUUCAAAAUUUAGCAAAUGAUAUUAUACUGCAGAUCAGGCAAUAUCCCUGAAUAGAUGAUUGUAUUUCAUGUCUGUUGGCAUCUUGGCUCCUGACAAGCCUCCCUGAUGGCUGGGAUUGAUAGUAUUUUAGUUCCACCAGAGUUCCUAGUGCACUUAAUAUAAAUUGAUCGUUGGGACUGGAUAGAGUUAAUAGAUUCAAAUUAACCAGGGCCAUUCUUCUACUACCACGUGUUAACCGCAGUCUGUCAAUUCAUUCUUUCACACCUUCAACAUACAUGUAAUAUAUCUCUGUAUAUAAAGAGCAGACUAUCUAUCCUAGAUAAAAUAUAUUGAUAUUCUUCGCAUUAUCUGAGUAAAACUGAUCAUUCUGAAAUUAAUUUAUGCAGGUCACACUUUGCAAACUGUGCCAAACAUUCAGUUUUUCUGAAAUUGGUGCAAAAAGUGUUUUGU